AUGUUCAGCAAUUCCUCCAACUCGUCUUCCAAGACCAUAUCGAGCGCAGCCUCAACACACUCCACUGUCUCCACAGCGACAACUCUCAAUACAUCCGAUGCAUCAACCAAGAACCACAAGUGGUACUCGCUCAGGUCGAAGUCUUUGAGCUCCAAUUUCAAUAAUGAUGCUGCCAACAUUGAGAAGAAGAAGCUGCACAACGAGGCUCUUGCCACAUACUUGAGCAUGCGUUAA